GAAGCGAGAGGGAGAAAGGGAGCAAGCAGACAGCCUAGACCGAGGGAGUGAGCCCGAGAGGCGAGAGAUAGGGCGAGAAGCCCGAGAAAGAAGUAACAGCUUUCCGGAGCAGGCGUGCAGCGAACUGGCUUCUGUUUUAUUUUCCUCUUCCUUUUUAUUUUCCAAAGAGAAGCAGGGGACAGAAGCAAUGGCCGAGGGAGAAGACCAGCCGAGGUGCAGCUGACCUGGGUGUCCAAGUGGAUUAUGGUGCUGUUCUCCAAGGGCCUGCCCUCCCUGUCUUACAAUUGCACAUAACCCCAUUCCCAGCCAAGGACGACCAGAGGCAGCGUGAACCAAGUCAUUGAGAAAGCCCCCAGGAAGUGUAAACAAAAGGGAAAGCAUGAAUGGUGUGCCUGGGAGACAAGUGUGCCCUGCACCGCCCCCACCUUUAGCUGGACCAGCCCUGCCUCUCCCCACCUACUCACUGGUGAUCUGACUUUUUUUUCCUUUUCUUUUCCAUUCUCUUUUCUUAUUCUCCUUCAGGGCAAGGCCAGGAUUUUGAUUUUGGGACCCAGCCACGGUCCUUCUGUUCCUUCUUUAAAAUACCCACUUUCUCCCCAACGCCAAGAAGCGUUUGGCAAUAUCAGAUAUCCGCUCUAUUUAUUUUUACCUAAGGAAAAACUCCAGCUCCCUUCCCACUCCCAGCUGCCUUGCCACCCCUCCCAGCCCUCUGCUUGCCCUCCACCUGGCCUGCCGGGAGUCAGAGCCCAGCAGAACCUGUUUAGACACAUGGAGAAGAAGCCCAGAGCUCGGAGCCACACAGUCGGCUUCUCUGCGCUCCGGGUUGCCAGCGCUUCCUGGAAGUCCUGAAGCUCUCUCGCAGUGCAGUGAGUUCAUGCACCUUCUUGCCAAGCCUCAGUCUUCGGGAUCUAGGGAGGCCGCCUGGUUUUCCUCCCUCCUUCUGCACAUCGGCUGGGGUCUGCUCCUCCCUGGGCCUCCCAGCCCCCCUGGCUGCUCUCCCCAGCUCGCAUAUGAAGAUGCACUUGCAGAGGAGUCUGGUGGUCCUGGCCCUGCUGAACUUGGCCACAGUCAGCCUCUCUCUGUCCACUUGCACCACCUUGGACUUCGGCCACAUCAAGAAGAAGAGGGUGGAAGCCAUUAGGGGACAGAUCUUGAGCAAACUCAGGCUCACCAGUCCCCCCGAGCCAUCGGUGAUGACCCACGUCCCCUACCAGGUCCUGGCCCUUUACAACAGCACCCGAGAGCUGCUGGAGGAGAUGCAGGGGGAGAGGGAGGACGGCUGUACGCAGGAAAACACCGAGUCGGAGUACUAUGCCAAAGAAAUCCAUAAAUUCGACAUGAUCCAGGGGCUGGCGGAGCACAAUGAGCUGGCUGUCUGCCCCAAAGGAAUCACCUCCAAGGUUUUCCGUUUCAAUGUGUCCUCAGUGGAGAAAAAUGGAACCAACCUGUUUCGAGCAGAAUUCCGGGUCCUGCGGGUCCCCAACCCCACCUCCAAGCGCAAUGAGCAGAGGAUCGAGCUCUUCCAGAUCCUGCGUCCUGAUGAGAAUAUUGCCAAACAGCGCUACAUUGGUGGCAAGAACCUGCCCACGCGGGGCAACGCCGAGUGGCUGUCAUUUGAUGUCACCGACACUGUGCGCGAGUGGCUCUCGAGAAGGGAGUCCAACCUAGGCCUGGAAAUCAGCAUUCACUGUCCAUGCCACACUUUUCAGCCCAAUGGAGAUAUCCUGGAGAACAUUCACGAGGUGAUGGAAAUCAAAUUCAAAGGUGUGGACAGUGAGGAUGACCAUGGACGUGGAGAUCUGGGGCGACUUAAGAAGCAGAAGGACCACCACAAUCCCCAUCUGAUCCUCAUGAUGAUCCCCCCACACCGGCUGGACAACCCGGGCCAGGGUGGGCAGAGGAAGAAGAGGGCUCUGGACACCAAUUAUUGCUUCCGCAACCUGGAGGAGAACUGCUGUGUGCGCCCUCUGUACAUCGACUUCCGCCAGGACCUGGGCUGGAAGUGGGUCCAUGAGCCCAAGGGCUACUAUGCCAACUUCUGUUCGGGCCCUUGCCCAUACCUUCGCAGCGCAGACACGACCCACAGCACGGUGCUGGGGCUGUACAACACCCUGAACCCAGAAGCGUCUGCCUCGCCAUGCUGUGUGCCCCAGGACUUGGAGCCUCUGACCAUUCUGUACUAUGUUGGGAGGACCCCCAAGGUGGAACAGCUCUCGAACAUGGUGGUGAAGUCCUGUAAGUGUAGCUGAGCCCAGCCGGACAGAGGAGAGAGAAGUGCCACGCCUGCCUGCCUGUCCUCGGGGAAACACAAAAACCAACAGACUUCGCCUCGAGGCCAGGAGCCCGCAACUUUCAGCUCCAGGCAAAUGGCUGAGAUGGAGGUUCCCUUUCGGAACACUUCUCUCUUUGCUGGCUCUGAGAAAUCACUGUGGUAAAGAAAGUGGGUUUGGUUGGAGGAAGGCCGAAUUCUUCAGAACACACAGACUUUCUGUGAUGUAGACAAGAGGCGGUGGGGACAGAGGAAGAGGGACUGCAAGUGGACACAUCGCGUGGCAGAGGGACAGGCAUACCCCGGGGAGCAGGAAGGGCAGAGUGGCCGGCACGGGCCAGACUGGACGACGCUUCUGAUCUGAGGUCAGGUUCGCUCAUCGCUGCUCCACAUCUGCUCUAGGGAGUCUGGAUUAUAGUCGACGAGACCAGCAUUUUCCUUUGACAGAUUGCUACGAAAAAGGCCUGGGAUUGCAUCUCAUCCUACUGGGGAUUAAGGACAAAUCUAUUAUUUUUGCAAAUUGUCCUCUCAACAUCAGUC